CGUAGGCUAGUGGAGGGCGGGGCGCAGCCCGGGUCAGCGGCCGAGCGGGGGCCUACGGCAGGCGGCGGGGCGGGCUUGCGAAGGGCGCACGGCUCAGCUCCCAUCGCUGGGCGGUCAACAGGCGCAGGUCUGGCGGAGCACGGCGCCGGGCGGAGACUUCGAGGCGACCGGCAGCUGCAGGGCCACCGGCGGCGCGCCACUCGGCCGGGCCGGGAGCAGCGCCCGUCGGAGCCUUCGCCCCAGCACUGUCAGUCUCCUCGGCGGUCGUCGGUCCAGAGCGUGGCCGCCGGGAAUGUCCGGCCCCCCGGGAGCACCCCCGCCGGCGCUCGCCGUCCGCGGGUGAGGAAGAAAGCCCGGCCUCGCACGGCCCGGAGCGAAGAAGUCCAGUCGUGGAGCGAAGAGACCAGCCGGAGCGAAGAGGUGACCCAGACCGAAGCGGUGAUCCUCAAGGAAGAGGUGACGCAGACGGACGACGUGACCCUGACCGAAGAGGGGGACAGGAGCGGGGAGAUGGCCGCAGCCGGCCUCAGCGUGACCGUCACCCACGGCAACGAGAAGCACAACCUUCAUGUCACUCCCAAGGAGGGUUGCAGUGAACCGGUUCUCCAAGACCUGGCCCAGGUUGUUGAAGAGGCCACAGGGGUCCCAGUGUGUUCUCAGAAACUCAUAUUUAAGGGAAAAUCUCUGAAGGAUCUAGAACAACCACUAUCAGCAGCUGGAAUUCAAGAUGGGUGCCGGGUCAUGUUAAUUGGGAAGAAGAACAAUCCAGAAGAGGUGGAACUAAAGAAGUUGAAAGAUUUGGAAAAGUCUGUGGACAAGAUAUCUGGCCAGCUGGAAGGACUGAAUGAAGAUCUUACUGGACUCCAGCAGGGUUUUCUGGUCAAAGAUAUACGAGCCGAAGCUCUCUGCAAACUCAGCAGGAGAGUCAAAGCUACGAUCGAGCAAUUUAUGAAGAUCUUGGAGGAGAUUGAUGCGCUGAUUCUACCAGAGAAUUUCAAGGACAGUAGACUGAAGAGGAAGAGUUUGGUGGUUAAGAUUCAGGCAUUUCUAGCUGAAUGUGAUACAGUGGAGCAGACCAUUUGCCAGGAGACAGAGCGACUAUAGUCCACAGACAAGAGUGGUGAGUGGGGCAAGGCUUGGCCCCCACUGAAGAACUCUACCCCCUUCUCAGCCCCGUCUGGAACAGAAAUCACCAGACUGAUUCCCCAGGACUGUGGGGGAAUGAUUGCCCAUUUUCCUAUGCCCACAUCUGUGCCCAGUCAACAAGAAUCGCCUUUGCAGCCUGAA